AUGGAGACCCCCGAGUGUAGUCGAUGUGUCGACAUCCUCAAACCGCCCGUGAAACGUCGCCUGCCCCGUCAUAAAGACGUCCAGUUCACUAAAAUCCGAAGAAUUGACCACGGAAACGUGGGUAACGGCCAAUUCGAGGAAGUGUAUCGAUGGAAACUCGAAGAGAAUAUUCAAACGGACAGUAUUGUGGUAUGUUCUUUGUUGUUUUUUGUUCUAAUUAUAGGGUGAGAGGGAUUAGGGAUAUCUUUUUAAAAUUCUAAUUGUUUUACAUACUUCUUCCGGAAUUUUUUAUCCAAAACUACAGGUGAUGUCUGCAACCCUUUCGCCCCCUGACCUAACGCAAGUGUAAAUUCUAGACACUUGAGUAUUAGAUUUCAACUUAAACUUUGGAGAUGUUUUGAACUGCUGCAUUUUUUGGCAGAAAAUGUCUUCCUUCGGCAAUGGUCUCAAGUUGUUCUUUAGAACUUGCCAAACAACAUUAUUAUCGGGCAAAACAGUGUAACAUCCUUUCCGAUCUCUGAGUUCGUUCCUAUUUAGGGUCAAUUUUUGGGUUGUUAGAAGAGGAAACGUUUCCUCGGGGCAGACAUCCGUCGGAUGACAAUCCCAAACCGUUUUACAUAGUAAAUAAAGGACCAAUUACUGUCUAGAAGGGCCUUCAUUCAACUGAAUAACAGGACAUAAACCCUAAGGCCGAACAAGUUCCAUUUAAGGGAGGGGGCGGGGCCAAGAGAAUGCUGUCCCCAUUCUGAGUCUGUGUCUCGUUUCAGAUGACAAUGAUCGGCUGGGAUUUAUUUCUGCGUUGCCGAACCGUGCACGGGCAACGCUUCCAGGAGUACCUGAAACUGGAUUCUUCCUGGGACCCCUCCCAUCUCCGUUGUCUUUCGAUUGGCCGCGAUUUAAUUAUCAUCAGACGGAUCUCUUAA